GAGGAAGUAGGUGUGUGCAUGAGUGGCUUCUAGCGGUGUUCGUGUGCUGCGGGAACCUGAUUCGUCCUUCUGGUGGUGUUGACAGUGCUGCGGUCAUGGAGUAAAGGGUGCUUGAUUAGUGUUUCUUGGCGCGGGGUACGUGUGAAGUGAGGCUGUGACACGAUACGGUACAAUUCCUGCCUCUCGUUCAUUCAGUUUCUUGAGUACUGUGUUUAGAAUUUCCUACGUGUGCUUGUGUGUAUUGAAGGUCCCCCCCCCAGCGUGCUACUUGUCACCCUCCAGUCUGCAGGUCACGGUAUGAAGAGGUCAAGAGUUGGCGACACAAGUAUGAGUUCCUGCUGGGUCUGGUGAAGGAGCCCGCCCGCCUGCUGCCCCACUCCCUCAUGAAGGAGCGCCAGAUGGUGGAGGCGCGCCGGCAGGGCUAUGCCGUGGAGCGGGCGCUGCUGCUGGCCGAUCUGGACCCCGGGGAGACCAUGGGCGGCACCAAGGCCAGGAAGCUCCGGGAGAACAGUCACCCGGAGCACUUACGUUCCUUGUUCGAGCAAGUGGCGAGUCUGGACCACAUGCUGACCUCCCUAGAGAACCAGAUCGAGGUGCUGACCGCCGUGCAGACCGCCGUGCCCAAGGACCUGACGGACACUUUCCAUGACUCGGGCACCAGCGGCCAUGAACCAGACAGCCUGGAGGCGAUACAAACAGUGGUCAGCGGAGGUGGCGGCGGCGGUGGAGGCGAUGCUGGGACUGGAAGAGGAGGAGGAGGAGGAGGAGGACAACAGCAGCAGCACCACCACCAUCAUCACCACCACCACCACAGAUCUAAACAGCCUGGUGAUGAGGGCGAAGGUGAGAAGGUGGCGGUGGUGGCGGAGCGGGAGGAGGUGAAGCCUAGUGACGCUGCAGUGUUGCUUCACCUGGAACGCAGUAGUCACCGCCAGACCCGCCGCGCCCUGCAGGAGCUGAGAGAGAAGCACGAUGUUCUCAGGCGGGAACUGUCACAGAGGAACAUUCAUAUUGAGGAGGUGGAUGUUGUGAGGACGGUCGGCAGCGCCCUUGAGGACCUCCACAUCCAGCAGGAACACAACCUCUCCUCGCUCGAGUCCAUCUCCUCCAUCACCUCCUCAGACAGACUGCUUGACGAGCUGAAGGUGCGAGAGAUGACCAUCAGCCAGCUAAGGUCUCGUCUACUGCAGCUGGAGAAGGACAGGCUGGAUAAAGUGCCCGUGGAUGCUGCGAGGGAGAUCACCAGACUUAACAGCCUUGUGGUGGACUUGGAAAGAGCGCGGGACGAACUUAACCUGCAGAACACCAGCCUCAAAACCCGCCUGACGGAGCUCACAGACAAGAUCCACGACCCGGCGGCGACUUACCAGAUAACCCGUGACUCCCUCGCCUCGGAUACCCCAACACCGCACGCCAAGGACCCAGACGUGACUCGGGUGCUCAGGAAGGCCACGUAUAGACUCCCAGGGGACUCACAGAAGCUGAAGACUAUGGUGCUGGAGAUGACGACAAAGGAGGAGGACUACCGAGCAAGGAUAUCAGCGUUGGAAGAGAAGAUUUUGAACUACGAGAAUGAGGAUAACGCAGCUUCCCGCGAACUCGAGAGGACCGUGAGGAGUCUGGAGCAUCAGCUAGAGGUGGCGUCGCAGAAAUUAGAGGCAGCGGGGAGGUACGCGACGGCCAAGGAGGAGGAGAGUAAUGUGCUGAAGCUGGACCUUGACACGCUGAAUGAGGAGAAUAGGAGACUGAAAGAAAAUUUGAAUGAUCUCAUCUUGAAGCAGAGGGACGCGGAGGAGAUGUCUCGGCAGAAGGUGGCCCUGGAGGAUCAGUUUGGCCGCCUGACGGAAGAGAAUAGAGUGUUAGCGGAGGACUUCAAUAGAGAGAGAGUGCUGAGGAAGAAGUACUACAACCAGGUGGAGGAGAUGAAGGGCAAGAUCAGAGUGUUCUGCCGAGUGCGUCCUGUCAGUUCAGACGAGGCGCGACGAGGUGGGAUGGACGCAGAGCAGGUGGUGGCAGCAGAUGACCCCUUCACUGUGUCUGUCACUGCCCAGCGUGGCCACAAGGCGUUCCUCUUUGACAGAGUGUUCCAACCCAACCAUGACCAGGAGGAGGUCUUUGCUGACACCAAUGCUCUCAUUCAGUCAACACUGGACGGCUUCAAUGUGACCAUCAUGGCAUAUGGACAGACAGGCUCUGGCAAGACCUACACCAUGAUUGGCAGUGAGAACAACCCAGGUAUUGCACCACGGGCCUUCAAACGACUCUUCCAGCUGAUAGAGGCCGGCCACUCCAGGCACACUGUCCAAGCCUCUGCAUACAUGAUGGAACUGUACAAUGACAAACUGAUAGACCUACUUAGACCAACAGGGAACAAUGAGAGUGAGAAGCUAGACAUUAAGAAGGACAAGAAGGGCAGCGUGCAUGUGCAGGGGGCCACUGUGUGCAGUGUGUCCUCAGCAGGUGAGCUGAUGAGGGCCUUCCAACAGGGCCUCACCAACCGCCACACAGCCGCCACCAAGAUGAAUGUGGAGAGUUCCCGUUCCCACCUCAUCAUUGUAGUGUGCCUCACCAUCACCUCCAGGCAAACUGGCUCUGUGCUCAAGGGGAAGCUCACCCUGGUGGACCUGGCGGGCAGUGAGCGAGUGAGCAAGAGUGGUGCCUCGGCUGAUCAGCUGCGUGAGGCCAAUUCUAUUAAUAAAUCUCUCUCUGCCCUCGGGGAUGUGGUGUCCGCCCUCUCCUCAGAGUCCUCAUUUGUGCCCUACAGGAACAGCAAGUUGACAAUGCUACUCCAGGACAGUCUGGGCGGCAACUCCAAGACACUGGUGUUUGUCAACGUGUCACCCGUUGCCCACAAUGCUGAUGAGACACUGGUGUCCCUCAUGUAUGCUUCAAGGAUAAAGCAAAUCACAAAUAGUGUCAGCAGGAACUCAGACAACAAGGAGAUAUCAAGGUUGAAGUCGAUUAUUAGCAAGCUGAAGAAGGGAGAAGACCUGGAUGAGGACAUCACCUGAAAAAGGCCCAAGGGGGGAGGAGUUUUGUCUGCAGAUAGUCCUGCUGGGGGUCCGACAAGCCAGAUCAAGAGACGCCUCUCAAAAUGCAGACUGUGGAAGCACAAGUAGUGUGUGAGGAUCCAUCCAGAGCAUUAUAUUAUCUUUUAAACUACAGAUGAAGGUAAUUUUGUGAUACUGUGCACUUAGAGUGAGAAUAACAAAUACUACUUGCUUCUAAGGUGUGGGAGGUUCCUGCUCUAAGUCCCAUGCCUUAAUAUGCUCCCCUUCCACAUGUGUUAAAGCCACAGCAAUCCUCCCCCCAAUUUGGCCCUCCUCACCCCCUCACCUCCCUCUUCCCUCAUUGUGCCCUGCACCAUGGACUCUCCUGGUGCAGGAAGAGAAGGAGACCACCAGGAUCUCAUACUAGAUCUCAAGUGAAUGUGAGGAGGCAAGAUGUCCAUGGUUCCAUUGGGGCCAUGAUUUUGUACAGUGUAUAUAUGUGUGUGUGUGGGUGGGUGGGUGGGUGGGUGUGUGUGUAUUGAGAGAGAGAGAGAGAGAGAGAGAGAGAGAGAGAGAGAGAGAGAGAGUGAGAGUGUUUAAUAGUGUGGAACAUCCCUGUUUAUAACAUGACCCAGUGCUGUGCAUUACUUUUAUUAUUAUUUAUGUGUUAAUGUUAUUUUUUGAA